AUGUCGGGCUUCGGUGGGUUCAACCAAGGUGGAGGCUUUUCGUCAACCAACAAUAACAACAACACUGGUGGCUUUGGAGGCUUUGCAAACAGCACGACAGGCACUGGAUUCAACGGUGGGCAAAGCGCUUUCGGCCAGCCUGCUGCUGGCGCGAGUGUUUUCGGCGCGUCUGCCAACAAUACAGGAAGCAGCUUCGGAUUCGGAAACAACGCACCUGCCGCAACCACCAGCUCACCCUUUGGAGGAGGCGCUAAGCCAUUCGGUACCACUGCGCCUGGAACAGGAGGAGGUCUGUUCGGGGGCGGUGCUGCUUCAGGCACCAAUGCCUUCAACAGCAACAACAAUAACACCGCCAAUACGGCGUUCGGCGGCGGUUCGGGCUUCAACGCACCUUCAUCGGGAGGGAGCCUCUUUGGAGGCGCUAAGACAACAACCUUUGGCGGCGCGCAGCCGACUAGCAACACAAUGUUCGGAGGCCAGCCCGCCGCUCAGACAUCUGGCUUCGGCCAGGUUACCACGACCGGCAAUGGAUUCGGGAAUGCUCAAGCAGCUCCGCCUACCAACAAUGGCACAGCCAGUACACCUUUCAGCCCUUUCAUCGAGAAGGACAAUGCAUCAUCCACGAACUCGCACUAUCAGUCUAUCACGUUCAUGCAGCCUUACCAGGCCUUCUCCUUUGAGGAACUAAGAUUAGCCGACUACACAGCUGGUCGCAAGUUCGGCAACGCCAACGGACAGGCUGGUGCGUUUGGUCAGAGUACUGGCUUUGGUGGCUCUGCAUUCAACUCUGGUGCGACAGGCGGUGCUACUCCGGCUUUCGGACAGUCUGCGACUACCAACACUGGAGGCGGCAUCUUCGGUGCUCAGUCCAGCGCUCCGUCUCUAUUUGGCGCUCAGCCUACCGCUCCUUCAACUGGGUUUGGACAGGUCGGAACCUCGAAUACCAUGUUCGGUCAACAACAACCUAAGCCUGCCGGGUCUCUCUUUGGUGCAGCUCCUGCGUCAAGUACCACUUCAGGCGGCGGCAUAUUUGGAACCGCGAACAACAACACGAACAACGCUUUUGGAUCGUCGUUUGGUGGUGCCAACAACACUCAACAGACAGCCCAAGCCAACUCGGGCGGGAGCAUGUUCGGCGCCGCUGCCAACAACACGCAGAAUAAGCCGUUCGGUGGCUUUUCCAACACUCCAGCUUCUACAUCAGCAUUUGGUCAGCCUGCCGGGAACACCCUCUUUGGGCAGCAAAACGCGACCAGCACUGCGUCCCUCUUUGGUGGUGCUCAACAGAACACCACUGCAUCUCCAUUCGGUGGUGCUCAGCAGACCACCACUCCCGCGAACAACUCUGCGUUUGGUCAGCAACAAAAUCAGCAACAACAAGGUCAGACUGGGACCGGCACGAGUCUCUUUGGUGGCGGUAGCGGCGCUUUCGGGCAGAACAACCAGCAGAAGCCAAGUCCCUUCGGAGGCGCAGCCACUGGUAGCACAGGUACAAAUCUGUUCGGGGGUGCGCAAACACAGCAGAACAACACCGGUGGAGGGAUCUUCGGCCAGAACGCGAACAACAACCAAGCUCAAGGUGGCGGGAUUUUCGGGGGUGCUAAGCCUGCAACUGGAGGCUCUCUCUUCGGAGGUGCACAGGGUCAGCAGAACACGGGUGGCUCGCUCUUCGGAGGAGCUCAAGCCCAGCAGAACACUGGAGGCUCUCUCUUUGGUGGUCAAGCCAAUCAGCAGAAGCCCGCUGGCAGUCUGUUCGGCGGUGCUAACAACCAGCAAGCAACCGGUAGCUCGACCCUCUUUGGUGGUAGCCAGAACCAGCAACAGAAUGCAGGCGGAGGCAUGUUCGGUGCCGGCAGCACUCAGCAGUCUGGCCAGUCGAACAGCCUCUUCGGUCAGAGCAAUCAGCAACAAUCUAGCUUCCCUGCUACUCUACUGACCAAUCCCUAUGGCAACGACCAACUCUUCAGCAACCUCGGAAGCCCAGCUCCUGCUGUCGGACCCAUUGCUACACCUCUGUCCGGAGCGCAGAAGCCGGCUAAGCGCCCUACCGCUCUCCCUCAAUUCAAGAUCAACCCCAGCGCAAGCUUGCGUCUCAUCACGCCUCAGAAGCGCUCGAACGGUUACGGCUUCUCUUACGCUACUUAUGGCACUCCUGGCAGCGCGCAGAGCUUCACAUCCAACGGUCUUGGAAGCAGCUUGUUGCAGUCAGGCGGCUUGAGUCGCUCUCUGGGCAAGAGUUUCUCGACCAGCAACCUCAACAAGAGCGUAGGCAGUGGCGACAGUGUCCUUGCUCCUGGAGCAUUCACCCCAAACAAUCGAUCCUACUCGGGCGGCAGCAUUCGUAGACUGAAAAUUGACCGCAACUUGAGAACUGAUCUGUUUGGUGACAACAAUUCCGUCGAGCCUCCGACUAAGCGCGUCAGCUUUGACGAUGGCGACAAGGGCAAGACUUCGACAAAUGGUUACACUGAGGCUCCUUCCAACAGUGCUCUUGUUCGCACCGAGACAGAGGGAUCUGAGCCCUCUGCUGAGGACCUUGGUUACUCCCGUGCCGAGCGUCCUUCAGCCAAUGGCACUUCAGUCAACGGCACAUCCUCCAUCAACAACCAAGGCAGAGGCAGUGAAUUGCCCAUGGUGCCUGAAGACGGCCCCGCCCCUUCCUCCUCUCAGGCUAAGACAGUAUCCGCCAAGGACUUACCGCGCUCUCAGGUUGAUCCUCAGAUUGGUGAAUACUGGAUGGCCCCCUCGAUGGACGACCUCCGCAACAUGUCUCGCCAACAACUCAAGAGCGUUUCCGGUUUCACCGUUGGUCGUUAUGGUGUUGGUAAGAUCGAAUUUGACCUCGUCGAUCUUUCCCAAGUCCCCCUGAACGAUAUCGUCGACGGCAUUGUUAAGCUUAAUGUGCGUUCUGCAACUGUCUACACGAGUGGAGUCAACACUCCCCCCAUGGGUCAGGGACUCAACGUGCCUUCCACCAUCACUCUCGAGAACUCGUGGCCUCGUGCUCAGGGCGGACGUCUCCCUGUCCAUGAGCGCAAAGGAAACCGCUUUGAAAAGCACAUCGAACGUCUUCGUCGCGUCGUCGACACUGAGUUUGUCAGCUACGACCCCGAGAGUGGCGUGUGGGUCUUCCGUGUUCUCCACUUCACAACUUACGGACUCGAUGACGAUGAUGAGUCAGACGACGAGGCGGAUUAUGGCAAUGAGAUGAACGCCAGUCAAGAACCCACUCCCAAUGGUAACAACAUCAACAACGCUGUUCAAGAGAUGUCCCAGGUCUCAUCUGAGGAGGGUUCCGUCAUCAGCGAUGAAGAUGAUGAAUCUAAUCCUGAUGAUACCUUUGACUUCAAGAAAGGUCCGUCUAAAAUUCUGCCUGGCAGCUUCGGUGCUCAGCCAAUUCACAAUGAUGACGAAAUGGCUGACGACAACGAUGCUCAGGACGAGGAUUCCUCUCAUCUCGAACAGCAAGGCGCACAAUCGCUUGAAGAUCCGUUUAGGUCUUCUGGCAGCAGCAACGCACCUCCCGUUGAGGCUGUUGACGAAUACAUGGAGGAGGAGAUGUAUGACGAGGAGAUGAGUGAACAAGACAUGGCGGGAUCAUAUCCGAGACCUGAACUUGUUGCUUCGGCUCCGUACAACGAUUAUGGCGUCUCAUUCAGCGGAUCAUUUAUGCCAAAGUCAAUUCUUAAAGCAUCAACUAUGUUGAACGGCACCCCCAAGAAAGAUCUCACUCUCGCCGGCGACUGGGCAGAACAGCUUCAGAGAACUGCGAGUCCGAAAAAGCAAGAUCGUCAGGCUCUUCGUGAACGUCAAAGUGUGAUGGGUGCACCCCCUGCUGAUACCGCACCACCCUUGGCCGCUUCUAUUGCGGGUAAGGCUUUCUCUACAACCAUGGAUAUCAUGAACUCUCUUUGGGGACCCCCGGUCUCUGUCGCAGGCCCUGCUUUGCAAGCAAGCAGUGUUGGUGGAAAAGGUUUCGAGUGGCCAUACCAGAAGCAGUCGAGAACUGAAGAUGCUUUUGCCGACAUGAAUGAGACCGAACGCGGCUUCCACACAUCGUUCAAGUCCCGCUGGGCGAACGACGGCACCCUAGUCUACAGCACGAACGGUACUGCACUCGCGCCAUCUGGCAACAUGAUCGGCUCGAAGAGACCCCUUGUAUCAGGACACAAGGAAGUCCGCUUUACCCAGUUCAGCUCGCCUCUCGACACACUCACCACUUCCCUUCAAUUGCAGCUAAAACAAUCACCCGUCACCUCCGCCGAGACCUCUUUCGCUGCCAUCGCUGAGAGCCUUGCACAUCCCGAGACACCCGAAGCCAAACAUGAACGCGCUGUCUGGCGACUGGCCUCUAUCCUCUUCGACCCAAUCGAGACUGCGUGUGCCGACAUAGUCAAGAACAUACCGGCUGCCCAAGUUGCCAAGAUCGAGUCACGCGUCCGCCGUGACGCUUUGUCAAGCUUCUGGGCUCAACUAGUUCAUCCUGAGGCUGCACAGCAUGCCAAGGACGCAAGCACAUCUGAGGAGAGAGCAAUUGCUUUCAUGAGUGGUAACAGCAUCGAGGACGCAUGUGCAGCCCUCCUUGAGGGUCGCGACUUCCGUCUUGCAACCAUCGUUGCUCAAUUGCCUGGCAAUGCCAAGUCGAAGGAGAUGAUGACCAAACAGAUUGAAAGCUGGAGAUCACAGAACAUGGUCUCUGAGAUGACUGAGUCUGUACGUGCAUUGUACGAGCUGGUCGCAGGUAACACCUGCGUCAGUGAAGGGAAGAGUGGUGCGUCUGAAGACAGAGCUUCCUCGUUCAGCAUCUCGUCUCGUUUUGGCCUUGACUGGCGUCGCUCUUUCGGGCUGCGACUCUGGUUCUCCGGUGCCGGCGAGUCUCUGGCGGAUGCUGUGCAAUUGUACGUUGACGACGUUGCUGCUGGAAAGGAGACCGUUCGCCCGGUACCUUACUUCACCGAGCAGUCUCUUACACCUUCGUGGACUGAUGACAAUGUUCAGAGCAAUGAAGACACCUUACUUGGUCUGUUGAAGCUGUACUCAAGAAACCCAUCCUCAAACGCUGGCGAUGUUCGCGCUCUGGUCUCCAAUUUGCUUACCCCUGCAUCUGUCUCUGGAAGCCCUCUCAAUGCACGCCUCUCAUGGCAGUUGGCCACUCUUCUCCAGAAGAAGGGCAUCCUCACUUCUGCCGAAUUGAGUGACGCUUCACUGGACCAGCUGUCUCUGACUCUGUCCAGCCAACUCGAGACAGCCAACGAGCUCGUCUUUGCCACCAACGUCCUGCUGCACUUGACAAACGAGUCAGCCCGUGAAAGACACGUCCGCGACCUACUCUACCGCCGCGCAUCCGCCCUCUACGAUGCCUCGAAUCCAGACGCCCUCCCCACAGUCCUGACCCAAGACUUUGGCAUCCCUGAACAAUGGCUCUGGCACGCUCGCGCACUCUACGCACGCUCCAUGCUCGACGACCAUAAUUCCGAAGUCACAUACCUGCUCCGCGCUGGGGACUCCGCACAAGCUCACUCAGUGCUCUGUCGCUCUGUCGGCCCUGCCGCCAUUAUCGAGCAGGAAUACGACGCCUUGCGCGAACUCCUCGGCUUGUUCCACGACAUGCUCCCGGUCAACAGCGUCGAAAACUGGCGUUUCGGCGGUCAAGUCUACUUCGACUACAUUCACCUCCUCGACCUCGUCCACCGCGACGACGACGCCAGUAGAACAUCCAAAAAGGAACUACUUGAUCGUCUCACCAUUGCUUUGCCCAGUGUCCUCGAAGGUAGAGCUGGUAAGGUCGAUCUCGCGGAACGCGUUGCCAUUGGCGAAAUGGCUGGAUUGGUCAAGGCGGAAGUUGAGAAGAUGGGUAGAGAGGAGAGGGGGGUGGAUAGAGCUUUGGUGAACAGACUUCCUGUUGCUGGGGCUGGGUUCGCUAGGCAAGGCGUUGAUCUUAGCAGGGCUUAUUAUCGUGCUAUCGUUGCUUGA